AUGCAAAAGAUCUCCGAAAUCGAAGGGCUUGAGUCACAGACAGAGGCGCAUGCAACUGCCACCAUGGAAUAUCGCCGCAAGAUUCUGCAGGAAGUCGAGACGCUGUGCAAUGAUCUCCUGCGCUUAAUAGAUGAAUCGCAUAUGCCCACCGCGAGCACAGGACAAUCCAAGGUUUAUUACGACAAGAUCGAUCUCAACGACAAGUCGAGGAAAUUAAGUAUCAAGAAUCUUCAUGGGUGCGUCAAUGAUGUCAAGGCUCUCAAAGCAUUUCUUGACUCCAAGUACGAAUUCAAAAACCCUGUUGUGUUCACAUCUCCUACACUGGAAAAGGAGUCGCGAGUGCAAGAGACAUAUUCUUUUUCCAUUUCUCAGGUCAUGGAGAGCGAUUGGACCGAGUUAAGGACACCGGGUUGGUCGGCAGUUCCCAACCUCCUCAUUGAUGAACUCGCCGUCGAGUAUGAAGCCCACACCGAGUCCUGCACUCGCGAUGCCAAGUCUGAGGUGUCUUGGCUCAUCAAUCCGGAAGUAUUCACGCUGAUGGCGGCUUGUGACGACAAGGAAGCUGCCGCAGAGAUUACCGUGAAUGGAAAGGUGGUUGGGGCAUUCACGUAUACUCUCUUGAAUUACCUGGAGCAGGGCUUUGUGAACGGGAUCUGUGUUGACUACCUGACUAUACGCCACCAAGUAGCACAGCAACUCAAGAAACAGGGAUGCGAGCAUCAGAAGCCCAAGAUAUAUGGUCGCGAUAGAUUGCUGUUCCUUGGGAGCAUGGAGCCGUUUUUAACCGUAUUCUAUACUGUGAGAAUUGAAGGCGACAAAGUUAUUAUUACGGUGGAAGGUUCAUGGAGUUCAUCGAAAGUCGGAGUCACGUCGUUCCACUCCACAUCCGGGGUUGUCAUUUAUAUCGAGGAGGUUGAUAACUUCGAGUGUAGCGCAACCAUCUCCGCUGAGGACGCCCGGACACUACUAACGCAUAACAGUACGGUCAUUGUAUCACAUACCUGGGCAUUUGAGUUAACUCAAAUCCUAACUCAUGAUUUGAGCCAUAACCCUAACUCAUAA